CCUGCGCCCUCGCUGCGGUUCCGGUUCCGGAUCCGGGGCACACGGGAAGAUGGCGGCGGCCGGUGAGGACGGGGAGGCGGACUGGGUGCUGCCGCCGGAGGUGGAGGUGCUGGAGUCCAUCUACCUGGAGGAGCUGCGGGUGGUGCGGGGCCGCGGCAGGUGGGAGCCCUGGGAGAUCAGCAUCACCCUACACCCUGCCACGGCCCAGGACCAGGAUGCCCAGUACGUUUGCUUCACCCUGGUGCUCUCCGUGCCCCCCCAGUAUCCCAACAAAGCUCCAGAAAUCUUGAUCAGGAACCCACGGGGGCUUUCAGAUGAGCAAAUUCAAAAGAUUUCCCAGACCCUCAGAAGCAUUGGUGAAGCCAGGCUAGGGACAGAGGUGCUCUAUGAACUGAUUGAGAAAGGGAAGGAGAUUCUCACUGACAACAACAUUCCUCAUGGCCAGUGUGUGAUCUGCCUCUAUGGAUUCCAGGAGAGAGAAGCCUUCACAAAGACCCAGUGCUACCACUACUUCCAUUCCCACUGCCUGGCCCGCUAUGCCCAGCACAUGGAGGAGGAGAUCCUUAUGCAGCAGGAAGAGAGAGAGCAGCACCUGGCACCAUCCUCCAAACAGGAAGUUGGUGUGCAGUGCCCUGUCUGCCGGGAGACCCUGGUCUACGAUCUCUGUGCUCUGAAGGCAGCACCACCCCCACAGCACCCACUGGAGCCGUACAGGCCAGAUGCCAGGAUGCUGCAGCACCAGGAAGAACUGCGCUUAAUUUUCAAGCGACAGCAAGAGAAAGGGGGCAUCAUUGACCCUGAAGCAGAGAGGAACCGUUACUUCAUCAGCCUCCAGCCGCCUUCAGCUGCUGCUGACCCCGGCCAAGCAGCCACCACCUCUGAGCUGCCGGUGAGUGUGAGCCCUGCAGAGCUGCCCCUGCUGCCCAGCCACCCCCCACCUCCAGAGCCCAACAGGGUUCCGGAGGCCAGGGCAGAACCUGGGCGGUCCGAGAGGCCUGCUGUGCCCAGGGAGCAACAGAGCAAGAGGGAGAGGCACAGAGGUGAGAGGCCAGGCCCCAGAGGCCACGGCAGGCAGUCGUGCGGUGCCUCCCAGGAACCGGCAGAGGAAGCCUGUCAUCUGCUCCAUGGCUCCAGGGGGACCAGGGGCUUCAGCCGGAGACCAGAGCGGAGACCUGGUGGGAGGCACAGCCAGGAAUUUCCAAAGCCUCACAGCAGAAGCAGGGCUGCUGCCUUGGCUGAGGGAAAAGAGUUGUGCCCUGAAAACCCCUCACCAGUAAAAGAGGUAGUGGACUUGAAAGAGGAGCACCGUGAUAUGGAGAGAUGGACCCCAGAGGAGAGGGCUGAGGCACGGGGCAGGGAGAAGGAGAACCUGGCAUUCAACCGCAGCGACCACAGAGCAGCUCCCAGCUGGCAGGACCACCACAGGUCCUGGGAUUAUGGGAGGUGGGAGAGGUCCAGGGUCCAGGAGCGUGGUUCCUAUCCUAGGGCACCAAGAGGGCGAGGGGUGUCCAGGCCCAGUGGACAACGAGAAGCCCAUGUCCUUGAGAAGGAGAGUGGCUCCUAGCAGAAGUGGUGAGGGGCCGGGCUGGGGGAGGGAAAGGCUGUUUCUAGGGAGAACAAUGAAAGCUCUGGUGGAGCAGUAGCAAGCAGACACCAUAACCUUGGGUGCCACCUCCCUCCUUGGGAGGGAGGAGGCAGUUGGCAUGGGGCACAGCUUGGGGCAGGCUCCAGGGCUGCAUCCUGGAGAGAGCAACUGAUUGUUAUCAUCACUGGAGAAACUGACUCCUGACAUGAUGUCAGCCAUGGUCUCAGGGGACCCAAGGCAUAGAGGAAACCUUGAUUGGGGACCUGCAAUCAUCCCUGUAUGUGAGCAGCUGAGAAACAUGCAUAUCUACAGAGCAAAUGGACUGAGUCCUGCAUGGCACCAUGGUAGAUACCAAUUUGUGGUAGGACCUUCCCUAGAAGCCAGCAUCCCAAUGAAGCUGUUGUGCCAACUGAUGAGGUCACCAACCUGGAGCUUGUUGUGUCCCAUGGUCCUUCUCAGUUGCUGUUCCUAUCCUUUGGAGACAACUUCGUUUCUCCUGCAGCAAGUCCCCCGUGUAACAGGACACUUCCCAGUUCAAACCAGGAGAGCUCAAUUAAGUCAACACAUUGGCAGGUCAGGGCUGUCUGGUGGCUGAGGCUUUGGUUAAGCUCCUGCUUCACCAGGAAGCCAGAGUUUAGCUGGAGCUCCUGCCCUGUCCUUCACCUGCUUUUCUGCAGGCAGAAGAUGAUGGGGGAGAUGGGGAAUAGCACUUAGCUUUGCAGCCUGUAUCUGUCAGGGUCCAGCUUUAAGUCCAGGCUGUGUCUUGGAGCUCCAGACAGCCCAAAGUGAAGACAUGCCCCAAUACCUGGGAUACUGUUACUUACCCUCUCAUCUUUAAGCUGAUCUUGCUUCAAAGAAAUGAGGAUUUGCUGUUUAAACUGACUUGGUGCAGAUCCUUCUGCUGCUGCUUCACAGGUGUAAACAGUGUCACACUUCAGAACCAUUCUGGACAAUCCCAGGUUCUGAAGUGGGGCACUGCCAUUAAAUUAAUUCCUUUGGUCUUCUCCAGAGCUUGCUUCCUUUGUUUUCUCUGUCCUCUCGCUCCUGUUCUUUGCCAUUUGGAGCAAAGGUGUGGAUCCCAGGUAUUGCUCACUCCCCUCCCUGCUCCCUACACCCAGAGCAAACCUUCCCCUCUCACUCCUGGGUGCCAGAGGCCCACCCCCCUGUCCCUGCUUUGUCUGUCUCAGUGCAAGCUGUCUGCCUAACCCAGGCUGUAUCCAUUCCUUCACACUUGUUUGUGCUUUGGGCCACACGAGGUUGUCACCAUCUUCCUCCUGAUGAGUGCAAAAUGGCUGUGCUCCAAAGGACUUGCCAGCACUCUGGGUGAGAUCCCUCAGGAACUAAAGGCUGCGAGCUGGCUGGGAGGGCAUUUCUGCUCCAUCUGCCUGGCUGGUCCUUCAGCACAGGAAGGGUACCCAAAAGCUGUCUUUUGAAUGGGCACUCCUUACCUGCUACCCGGCUUGCUCCAGGCCUGGCCUAGUCCUGAAGGGGCUGUUUAACCUGUCCAAGAACUUUCCAUGCUUAAAUUUCCAGCACUGGACUAUUUUCAACCCUAAUGCUCUAAACGCAUUUUUUUGCCUUCCUUGGUCUGAGCCUGCACUACCUGUCCUGGGCUCAGGGAUCUGAGAGCCAGACUUCGUGCCCUUCUGGGGACAAGGGCUGAGCACUUGCUCCCUGAAGACAGGCCUAAUUUUUCUUCAGUGCUUGCUGUCCUUAUGCUAGCUGAUUUCUGGCUCAAUGUCCUGUCCGCACUUGUCCUGUCCACAAAAUAUAAACUUUAUCUGACACUGGUGCUUGUUCCUGGUGCCUCCUGCCUUCACUUGCCAAAUUGCUGUGCUGCAAGAAAGGCAUUUGUUGAAAGAAACAAAAAAGCAGCUGAAGCUCCUCAGCUUCCACCAGUCAGCCAGGCUUACUCUCAGCAGGAAAACUGCUGUGCCUGGUGUUUAAAGCAUGGGAAUUCAGCCACGGAAAGUGGAGUGAGCGAGGACUUGGAUAACUUCAAAUGCCAGAUGUGUUACAGGGGAGGGUUUUUUCCUGGGAUCAGGGAUUUAGGAAGGCCUCUUACCUUUCUGACUCGCUGCUGCUAGCCUGGAGCAGAGGCAAUUUUGCAACAGCAUGUGGAAAUUAGUGUUAAAACAAACCUCUGGAUCAGAAAGGAGGAACGCAGCCUACACCCUGCCCUGGGGCUUCUUGUUUGGUGUCUGCCUUUGUUACCCACCUACCUCACAGGGCUGUUAUGAGGCUUAACUGACCAAAGGACUCGGGACGGCAGAACGGAACUGGAAGUGUCUGUAGAAUUAACACUAUUAAAAGCAACCAGUGACA